AGGAAAGAGUGUUUAGAGCAGCAUGAAUCAGAUUAUAUAUAUAAAUAGAUAAAGUCAUCAGCGUGUCCUCAACAGGCUUGAACAACACGUCAUACACACAUGCAUGCACACACACUGACGAGCUGUUCCUCAACACACCCGGCGGUGGGGCGAUAUGCCCCGUAACGGCAGCCGCCUGAUGGCUGACGGUGGGAACGGCCGAUACGAGACUCCUUCAGCCUCUGAGCUCCAGAGACUCUUGUGGGUCAAACCCGGAACCAGCGGGCAUCUGGAUGAGGUCAGGCCUGGAAUAUACAUCGGAGACAUGUAUGCAGCAAAGGACAAGCACUUGCUACAGUCCUUGAACAUCACAUACGUGUUGAACGCAGCUCAUGGGAAGUUUAACAUCAACACUGGAGCCAGUUACUACAGAGACACUAAAAUCACGUAUCACGGCGUGGAGGCCUUUGACAUGCCCUCCUUUGACUUGAGCCCCUUCUUUUACUCUGCUGCCAAGUUUAUUAAGACUGCCAUGAGCACCCCUGGAGGUAAGGUGCUUGUGCACUGUGCAAUGGGUCUGAGUCGCUCAUCGUCGCUGGUUUUAGCGUAUCUGAUGAUUCAUGAGGGGAUGACGCUGGUUGACGCCAUUAAAGCCGUCGCACAACACAGGAAUAUCUGCCCAAACUCUGGCUUUAUGGAGCAGCUGAGAGAACUAGACAAAAAAUUGCACUGCCAGAGCACUGCCUUCUAACACCGGACUGACACGAUAUGUUUGACAUGAAGAACGGUUAUGAAAAUUCCCUGACGGAAAUACAUGGUUUAAAAACCGCUUUACACAUAUAUGACUAUAUAUGAAUAUGAUUUGAUACAGGAUUUCAUUUAAAUUAAAAUUUGGUUGUUUUUUAA